GUGAGACCGACUGGUCAACAAUCGAGAGCAAUCAUUAAGACCAUAUGUAAUGGUUGCAACUUGCAAGUUGCCCCUUAUCUUUGUUGGUCUCCAAUGUCCCUUAGUUCGCCUCUCUCCCUUUUCAUCCACCCGCCAACCCGUUCGUGCCGUUUUAGUUGCUUGCCAAUUACCAGAUGAGGACAUUACUUUGAUUAUCCCUACCCGUACAUCCCCAAUUUACUCUUACACCCCCCUUACCCUCCCACCCUUCUUCCUCUCGGAUCUACACUUUUGCUACCCUGCCUUGGAAAACCCUCGACACCAUCUCCGUGAUGCCUGUUCAUGCUAUCAGUGGCUGUGAAAACCACUCUUGACAAGCAGAAUUCUACCUCAAUCAAUCUCUCGUCAACUUCAUCUCAUAUCUUUAUUCAGUCGCGCAAAGAAAGCGACUGCCCUACCCCUUUCCG